AUCAAGUCCAACAGCUGUUUCACUUUAUUUACAAUUUAGUUAUUGUUAUAGCACAUUAAAAUCAUGGCUGCAGCUCGCAGGUAUAGCGCAUCUGUCAUAUUCUUUCAUGGAUCAGGUGACACUGGGCCCAAUGUGAUGGAAUGGGUUCGCUUUUUACUUGGAAAGGAUCUAGAUUUCUCACAUAUUAAAGUUGUCUACCCAACGGCUCCAAAGCAAAAAUAUACACCGCUUAAUGGAAGUUACUCUCAUGUGUGGUUCGACAGGCAAUCUGUAAACAUUGCUGCAUUGGAGACCAGAAAGAGCAUGUCUCAGAGCUAUGACAUUGUACAAAAGCUAAUUCAAAAUGAAGUUGACGAAGGCAUACCCAUAAAUCGCAUUAUUGUCGGCGGAUUCUCAAUGGGUGGUGCGUUAGCUCUACAUGCCGGCUACCAUUUAAAUACAGACUUGGCUGGAGUAUUCGCGCACUCAUCUUUCUUAAACCGUCAAUCAGUGGUCUACGAGUCUCUACAAAAUCCAAAAAAGGUAGAGGGAUCUCUUGCGCUUCCGGAACUUCUCAUGUUUCAUGGACAACGUGAUACGCUGGUACCUUUAGAAUGGGGAAAAGAGACCUUUGAUACAUUAAAUAAAUUGGGUGUAGAGGGCACAUUUACACCUUUGAAUAACGCUUUGCAUGAGCUUAAAAGAAAAUCACUGCUUGAGUUUGAAGAGUGGAUUCUUAAAAAGUUGCCUCCUCUUAAAAAUGAAGUUCAAAAUAAGCUAUAAAUGUGCAAUUUCGA